ACUGGGGAGACUCACAAACAGCAGAAGAAGCCAUUUUUACCGACCGCAGAUAGUCCACAUUAGAUCAUCUCAGGAUUGGAAGUAGAACCUAUUUUUGUAAAAAAAAAAAAAAAAAAAAAAAAAAAACUCAAGUCGCGAAGCCAUACGUCCCGAGAAGUCAGGAUGAGUUCCGAGGGCUUUCAGUACCGAGCGCUGUACGACUACAAGAAGGAGAGGGAGGAGGACAUCGACCUGCACGUGGGGGACAUGUUGCUGGUCAGUAAGGGAGCGCUGCUAGCUCUGGGCUGCGGCAACGGAGCUGAGGAACGACCGUCGGAGAUCGGAUGGCUGCCCGGCUUCAACGAGACCACCCAGGAAAAAGGCGACUUCCCGGGGACGUAUGUGGAGUUUGUCGGCCGAAAGAGAAUGUCUCCACCCACGCCCAAGCCACGCCCACCCAGACCACCGUCAGCAGCGUCGGCGAGGACCGACUCGGAAUCUGAUGGGUUUGUGCUUGCGGACCUCCCAGAUCAGUUCGGACCCCCGGACACCGCCCCUCCCCUCCUUAACAGAUUGAUGGAGGCCAUAGAGACCAAAGGUCUGGACUGUCCCACCAUUUAUCGCAAUGUGAGCGGAGGAGGCCCGGACACCCGGCAGUUGGCUGAAGCUGACCUGGACCAGUUGGAGGUGUCGUCCCUGUGUGACGGCGUGGUCCGCUUCCUGCUGGACCUCCCUGGUCCCGUCCUCCCGUCUUCAUUACAGGCCGACAUGAUUCACCAAGUACAAGAGGUCAGGGAUUUGGAGGAGUGUGCUCAGGUCCUGCGGGGAGUAGCCAGCUCUCCGGUCUGCCAGGCCCAGUACGGCCUGACUCUGCUCAGCGUGGUCCGACACUUCGCCCGGAUCUGUUUACACAGCUCCAGGAACCAGCUGACCCCCCGGAACCUGGCCGAGAGCUUUAGUCCGUUAGUCUUCAGACAGAUGGCAGGGUCUGAAUGUGGUUUGGAUCCUCUGGUUCAGGUUUUGGAGAUUCUGAUAACCAGUGAACUCAACAUGAAUCAGGCUGCACCAGCGUUGCCUCCCAAACCAGUGAAGUCAUCAACUCCGGCAGCUGCCAGCAGCUUCAACAACAGCAUCGCUCUGCAGGACGCCGAGUGGUACUGGGGCGACAUCUCCAGAGAGGAGGUGAAUGACAAGCUGAGAGACACGGCCGAUGGAACGUUCCUGGUGCGAGACGCGUCGACGAAGAUGCACGGAGACUACACCCUGACUCUGAGGAAAGGAGGCAACAACAAACUGAUCAAGAUUUUUCAUCGCGAAGGGAAGUACGGCUUCUCUGACCCCUUGACCUUCAGCUCGGUGGUGGAGCUCAUCAACCACUACCGCCACGAGUCUCUGGCCCAGUACAACCACAAACUGGACGUUAAGCUGCUGUACCCCGUCUCCAAACACCAGCAGGACCAGGUGGUGAAGGAGGACAGCAUCGAAGCUGUGGGCAAGAAGCUCCACGAGUACCAUCUGCAGUACCAGGAGAAGAACAGAGAGUACGACAGGCUGUACGAAGAGUACACCAGGACCUCGCAGGAGAUCCAGAUGAAGCGCACGGCCAUCGAGGCCUUCAACGAGACCAUCAAGAUCUUCGAGGAGCAGUGCCAGACGCAGGAGCGCUUCAGCAAAGAGUACAUCGAGAAGUUCCGCCGAGAGGGCAACGACAAGGAGAUCCAGAGGAUCAUGGAAAACUACGACAAGCUGAAGUCCCGGAUCAACGAGAUUGUAGACAGCAAACGCCACCUAGAGGUGGACCUGAAGAAACAGGCGGCCGACUACAGGGAGAUCGACAAGAAGAUGAACAGCAUCAAACCCGACCUGAUCCAGCUCCGCAAGACCAGGGACCAGUACCUCAUGUGGCUGACUCAGAAAGGCGUUCGUCAGAGGAAACUGAACGAAUGGCUCGGUUUGAAAAACGACACCACAGAGGAUGAGUACAGUAUGGUGGAUGACGAGGAGGACCUCCCUCACCACGACGAACGUCUUUGGCGCCUGGGAAACAUUAACCGCAACCAGGCUGAGUCUCUGCUGCGAGGGAAGCGGGACGGUACCUUCCUGGUCCGAGACAGCAGCAAAUCUGGCUGCUACGCCUGCUCUGUGGUGGUGGACGGCGAGGUCAAACACUGCGUCAUCAACAAGACCAGCACCGGCUACGGCUUCGCUGAGCCCUACAACCUGUACGGCUCCCUGAAGGAGCUGGUGCUGCACUACCAGCACACGUCGCUGGUCCAACACAACGACUCGCUCAACGUCACGCUGGCGUUCCCCGUCUACAGCCAACAGAGGCGGUGACCCCGCUGUCCGGACCAACUCGACCCUCACCUGUCGUCCAGCCCAGCCUCCUCCCACGGUUUCACCCAACCCUGCCCCCCCCCCCCC